UAACAAGAGAGCAUUAUGGAGACGGCGACGGUGUCUUCCUCCGGCAAGAAGUUGCUCGCAGACACUUUGCAACUCGGGGUUCAUCCAAGACGCCGCGCUAUUGGCUGUGGGCAUCACGAGGGCAGUUCUGCACUCGACCUUCACGCGCUCGGAGCAGGUCACGCUGUAGGCCACACGUGGGAUUUGCAAGACUAUAGUUUUCUUCAGAAACCGCACGCGACGUGUGCUAGUGGCAGCCGAAUCACGAGCGGGAUUCGACCUCACUGUAUGAGCCAGGUGGACCAAAAUGAGGGCAAUGACGUGUCAGUGAAAAUAAAUGGAACAAGCACUAAAGGCUUCUUCUUCAAGAAUGUGUACCCUUGGAUGAGAGAGACGCAGUCUGCCACUGCAAGUCUUGAUAGACCCAGCUCUUGCCAAUCAGGGGCAUCACCGUAUGACAGUGGUGAUCUGGAUUCUCCAGAGCCAGCAAUAAGGAAUGACAGCAGCUCCAGUAGGAAGCGUAUACGCACAGCUUUUACCUCUUCCCAGCUGCUGGAGCUUGAGAAAGAGUUCCACUUCAGUGCGUACUUGUGUCGCCCACGGCGCCUUGAGAUGGCGUCACUGCUCAAGCUCACUGACCGACAGAUUAAAAUCUGGUUUCAAAACCGCCGUAUGAAGUACAAGAAGGACCACAAGGGAAAAGCAAUGGUUUGGCCAUCCUUUUUAAGUGUCCAAUCUUCAGGAGAAUGUAGUAGUGGUGCAAUGGACAUUACAGCUACAGCCUCAAACAACCUCCAGUACUUCAAUCAGCCGAUCAUGAACUGCACUCAAAGCGGUUAUGGAGACACUUUUUACAGAGACUGGUUCCUGCUUACAAAGUCAGCUACACCUGUUAAAGACACUGUGUUAGACCUCAGCAAUGCACCUCAGCCUGUGCCCAGACAUGAUACUUCAAAUUUGGCCUCAGGGCAUGACUUCGGUUUGCACCAGCAAGAUGAAGGCUAUACCCUAGCACCUUCUGGACUCUCAUACAUGUGACUGCUCCUAUCUACAAUUAGCCAUUGCUUCAAUGCUUCUGUUUAGUUCCUUACCCAUAUUUAUACACCAUUUGUAAUUACAAGAAAGUCUACUAAGCAAAUCAAGAAAAGGUAAAGUGGGUUAAAGCAGUUACAUUUUUGAAAACUUUAUACAUACAGAAUCCAAUCAAAUCACUGUUACUUUCUAAAAUAUGUACAGAUUUCACAUGAGAUUGGAUUGUCAUGCCAUACUCUGGCACAUCACUCACAGCUGCUAUCACUUUGAGAAGAGGCAGGAUUUGUUGCCCUCAGAAGCUGACUUACAGGCAGAUCAUUGACUUAAAAGAGCUGGAGAGCCAAGUUUACUCUCAUGGGCAAAAAGCCAGGGGAGAAUUACAUUACGUUAUCAGCCAGUAUGCAGUAAAGCUGGGAGGGUUUCCUCUGUGGAUAAGUUGUAGCAGGCUCUGUGGAAAGUAAAGAGAUUUAUUAAACAUGGACAUGAGCCCACUUCUGAGAAUUUAUCUACCAAGCUCAAAUAGGUUGGGGGGGGGCACAAGGAUCCUCCAAACAUUAACAAGAACAUUUGCUGUUUUAAACUUUAAUGUGAAAUAUCAGCAGGUCAAACCAUGCUAAAUAGACAUUUGAUGACGAAGGCACACAUCUAGAUACAGUGAAACAUUCUGUGUUUAUUCCUGUUUUUUCUAUUCUAUGUGCUGUAAUAACUUGGUAAUUACAAAGUUAGUCUCGUUAUCAGUAGCCAUUAAACAUAUUUUAUAAAAAUCAUGAUGAAAUAUCUAAAAAGGAAUUCCCUCGAGCAUGCAGUACAGGUCAGAAUGGAAGGAAUGUGUUCUUUCAGUUGUUGUUUUUUGCCCUUGUAGAUUUUAAUCAUGCAUUUUUUAUUCUGUGUUUAUUGUUUGUUUUGUGAUAAUUGCACUUUAAUAAACUGAAAAAAUGCAUGUAUACAAAA